GGGUUUACACGUUGUCUAGUUGCACGCCCGGUGUAUGUGCGCCUGCACUGUUUCUGUGCCAGUGGAGUCACAGCCGUUGCUGCGAGACUGAAGGCUGUAGUCUAGCUUCGGCGAGAAAGGAACCUGCUAGCACCGACCGCCCUUAUCUACCAACUGCAGAGGGCGGCUGCCGCUGCCUCCUCCUCCCCGUGUGUCACGUCUUCUCCAUUCAGCCCCCAGCAUCACCACCGACGCUGCAGGGAGGACCACCUAAAAACAAACAAACCCUAACAAAUCCCAAACUCGAGGGGCAGAGACCAAUACUCCCAAGCACGCCAUGAAGGGCGAUGCAGGCGGGGGCUUCACUGUUAUAGAUAACCAAAGUUAACUUCAGGAUGCUCAAACGGAAACAAAGCUCACGUGUGGAAGCUCAGCCUGUUACAGACUUUGGCCCUGAUGAAUCUUUGUCAGACAGUGCAGAUAUCCUGUGGAUUAACAAACCAUGGGUUCAUUCUUUGCUACGCAUCUGCGCCAUCAUCAGUGUCAUUUCUGUUUGUAUGAACACCCCAAAGACCUUUGAGCAUUAUCCACCUCUUCAAUAUUUGACAUUUGCUCUAGAUACUUUAUUGAUGUUUCUCUACACUGCAGAGAUGAUAGCAAAAAUGCAUAUCCGUGGGAUAGUCAAGGGGGAUAGCUCCUAUGUAAAGGAUCGUUGGUGUGUGUUUGAUGGAUUCAUGGUUUUUUGUCUUUGGGUGUCAUUGGUGUUACAGGCAUCCCCAUCGGCAGAAAUAGCACUGCCUAUUAAUGUUGCCAUAAUGCACCCUGCAAAAACCAUCUGGCAGACGCCAGCCACAGAACCUCCUUCCUGCAAAAGAUCGGACAAAAAAUAUUAUGUGCUGGCAAAAAAGACUGAAUUUCUCUUUACCCACCCCACUCCUAAUUCACUGGUGGUGGAGGCAGUAAAUCAGAGGGGCAAACAGCAACAGUCAAGAUCCACCCCUUACGACAAAGACUGGAAGAUGCUAGAUCUCUUUGGGCGCAAAGCCUAUUCUUCCACCACCUUGCAAUUCCGCAUCGCAAAUUAUUCUGCACUGCUCGCAAAAUAUACACACAUUGUUUUCUACAAUGUCAUAUUUUAUUGA